AUGAGUUCACGACUGUCGCUAGGCGGCAAGGCUACGGCAUUGCGCGAUGUUUCGUCACAUCAAAAUUCCCGAUCGUCUUCUUUCUCCCGCCGCAUGUCCUUCAGCGGUGACGCACUCAACGCGUUACGGGCUGAAACUCCCAAAAAAGAUCGCCAUGCCAUGCUGGACGAAUGGCGUCGUCAGUCUCGAACCCGUGACUUCUCCAGUAGCGUGGGUAUGCCCACGGAUCAUGAUUCGUCUACGAUCACAGAUGGAGCAGGACCGACAGUCCCCACCGGCAAACGGUUGCGUACACGUCAUCCCGACGGAGUGCCCCCUCUACCACCGUCAAACAUCUCCGCAGCCGACUCAGGACUUUCGGCUCUGGAGCGCAUUCGUCAACCAACGAUGCACCACGAAUCGCAAGUAGCGUUGGCCGCACUUUAUUGCCCGGAACACCCAGCGGUGGAAACCUUUUCCGUGGUGGGGCAAGUCGUCGGCGCAGGGAUGGAUACGGUGGAGGACGCUGUUGUACAGCAGCUGCAGCAGCGGGUCAGAGACUUGGAACGAAUCAAAAUGGAUCUUAGCAUGGAAAUUGCUCCACUCAAGGCCCGACUACGUCAGAAAGAGGACAUUUACUUAAAAGAGCAGAAAAAACUAUUGCAAGAGAUUGAAGACUUACAGGAAGCGAACCAAGGAGCGAAUGAGCGCAACCGAGACCUUCAAAUGCAAUUUGAAAAUCUGAAGGAAGAAUGCAAAAAACUCCAAACCGAAGUCCGCAAAGCAUCGAGUACACUGCAUAACAAUAAUCAUAUUGAUGGUGCUUCAAGUGGUUGGAAUCGCCAGUUACAGAAUGAUCGGGAUGUAGCAGAACUCAAGGAGAGAUUGAGGAGUGCCGAAGAUGAGAUCGAUUCUAUACGACUAACAAAAGUUUCGGUCGAAAAAGAGUUACACGGCACGAAGAUUGAGCUUGAUUCACUCUAUCGUAGUUUUGAUGAACUUCAGACCGAGUACGAGUUAGUAUCUCAGUCGACAUCCGAUAAUCGAGAAGCUGAAAUGAAGUUAGAGCAUUUGACGACGGAGCACAUUGCGACUUCUGCACAGCUGAACGCAGUCUGCGCAGACCUAGCAGCUACGAAAGCUCGCGCCGCUGCAACAAUCACAGCCAAGGAGGAAGAGCACAAAAACGAAGUUGAACAGUUGCAUUUUGAAAUGAGUGUAUUAAAAACACGUGCUGGAAACACGGGCGGCGCUGGCACCGAG